GUCUUUCAGUGACACACCCGUCAACCAAACAUUCAGGUCUGCGCACACAGAUAAAUUUCAUCGCCACGCACGAAUGAGGCAAAUGUCAACACGCACACUCACACACACAUCAUAUCAAGCAGUCGACCCGAUGACAAAAUAGAUGGAUGAUGCACUCUCUCCGAUCCCAUCUCUCUCUGUCAGAAGCACACGGCAGCACUCGGCAGCUGAAUAGCCCCCAACCCACACACACACACACCGCCCUCCCUCCCUCUCCCUCUCAGUUGAUGCCGAGUGUCACCCACUGCCCCCGCUCGUCGAUGCGGCGCAGCUGCUGCCACCCACCAAACUCACAGUCGUCAUUGCCCAAAUGGUCGUUGAAGCCCUUGUUGAUGGCCCCCUCCUCUAUGCCGUGUCGGGCCGCCUCGUCCAGCCGGGCCCUCUGCACCACCUCACGCACACCCACACGGCCCCGUGUGUGGACCACCUGGUGUGGGCGGCUGUCGGCCAAAAUGGCGAAGCACUGCAGCGGCACCCGCACCGUCACGCCACCCACAUUGGCCGUCCCGCCCACCACCUCCCUGUUGCUGCUGGCAUACAAGGCCGACUGGAUGAAGUGGUGGACGGCCGCACACACACGGCGGGCAAUGUCGCUGUUGCGGAUGGUCAGUGUGCUUGUGAUGGUCUGUUUGGCGGCCUGCAUGUCGAAGCACAUGGCGGCGAUGCGCCAGCCGAUGGCCUCUGCCUCGUGUGGGCCGUAUCCAGCGGGGGCGGGGGGCGGACUGGCCGCAGGUGUGCCAGGGGGCUGCAGCAGAUGGGGUAGGAGGGUGGGGAGGGACCUCAUAAGGAAGGCCGCCAGCGACCUCUGGGGGGCGAGUGCCGCAUUGACGGCCGCCAUCGCCCCCGUGUGGAUGUCGUUGAGGACUGUCCUGCAUUGGGUCAAGACCAGCUGGCGACGACGGCGCCGCUCUGGGGUGUCUGUGGGCAUGCGGCCGAUGUCCGCCCCGUUUCGCAGCAAGCUGCGGAUGGUGGCCUCGCGGAGCGGAGUCUGACUGGCGGCUCGGUCCCUGCCGAACUGCGGCCUGUUGACGUCCUGCGAGGCGUCAAUUCCUGUUUCGAGCUCUAUGGCGGCCGAGUACAGCGGGGAUCUCCUUCCUCUGUUGAUGUCCCCUUCUGGCACGUGGCGGCCCAGGUAGUCGACCACACAGGGAGAGCUCCACUGUGCCGCCACGUGCAGCGGCGUCAAAUUCAACGCCAGUGCAUUAAGGUCGGCCCCGUUAGCCACCAGCAGGUCCAUGUAGGCAUCGAUGAAGGCCUGGGAAUAGUGCGCUCGCUCGCUGCGGGCCGCCAAGUGGACCGGAGUGUUACCGUUCUCGUCUGGUUGCGUGGCGAGUGUGGCGUCAUGAUCGAUGAGCCGCCGGUACAUCGAUCGACAGCAGCCGCUGCUCGUAGCCGGGGGACACCUGAUAGACGAUUCUGCCGGUGACGGACCUGGGCAGCUCCAUGCCAAGCCCAUGAUCAUCAUGCACCGCAGCGCUGGGCGCCAACAAGACGGUCACAGCGCUCUCAUUGCCCCCACAGAUGGCCAUCCUGAUGGGCCGGUCGUCCGUAGAGGUCGGCUCGUUGACGUGGGCGCCGCCGUCGAUGAGGGCAUUCAAGAUGUCCGCCUCAAGCUCAGGAGACGACCAGUGAGGCAAGAAGAGAGGCCGCCGACUGUAGAGGCUGGCCUGUGUGGUUUGCAGGGUGCCGUCACUGAGGUUGUCAAUGGCAAGCGAUAGCAGUCGAUACGGCCGCCCAUGGCCGCCGCUGCCUCGCACCCGCAGCCGGGCCGCACUGUUCGGGUCAGCACCAUCCUGUAUGAGGUCCGUCACCUGCUGCGGAUCAGUGAAGGUCCGACGGACGAUGCCGUCAGCCAGCCGUCUGGUCGCAUCGUUGGUGUGCCCGAUUUCGAUGUCCUCGAGCUGUAGCCAUUCUUCGGGCUGCUGUGGUGGCGCACUGGAGGUCAUCGGUCGCCUCACGCCAUCAUUUUAAGCUGCAUGCAUCGUCACGCACAAACAGCAGAAAAUCACACACGGGAUUCCUCCCUCUCUCUCUCUUUCCAUCCAUUCGCACCUUAACGAGUGUGUGAUGCGUCGAGUCCUCCUUGCCGUCAGUCACCGACAUCAGCGCACAUCAGCGAAGAAGGAAGCACCAUCGACAGACGCAUUGGCGUCCUGCAAAACACAUACAACACAACACAGUGCAUCAAUGCUCUGGGCUUCCCUCUCGCACCUCAAUUGGACUAAAAAG